AUGGCUCCCUCGACUAUGAAACAAUGGUUGGUGGAAAGCAAGGAGAAGGAUUUCGACGGACUUGUUUUCAACAAGGCCGCGCCGGUGCCGAAAGUCGGUGAGAAUGAGGUGUUGGUGAAGCUUCACGCUGCGUCGUUGAAUUACCGCGACCUGAUCAUUCCCAAGGGUAGAUAUCCAUUCCCCUCUAAGUUCCCUGUGGUCCCUGGAUCCGAUGGUUCUGGUGAGGUUGUUGAGGUCGGAUCCAAAGUCACCGAAUUCAAGAAGGGUGACCACGUUGCGACCUUGUUCAACCAGGGCCACCAGUUCGGCGCGGUCGAUAUCCCCGCGUCCGUCACCGGGUUGGGCGGUGUGAUCGAUGGUACAUUGCGCGAAUAUGGCGUUUUCAACGCGUCGGGCCUUGUCAAGGCUGCAAAGAACCUGAAUGCCCUCGAGAACAGUACCCUCAGUUGUGCUGCUCUCACAGCUUGGAAUGCCCUGUAUGGCUUGAAGCCUCUGAAACCGGGCGACGUCGUCCUCGUGCAGGGAACCGGUGGUGUCAGUAUGUUCGGUCUGCAGUUUGCUAAAGCCGCGGGUGCAACCGUGAUCGCCACAACCUCGUCCGCCUCCAAGGCUGACAAGCUGAAGAAAUUGGGUGCCCACCACAUCAUUAACUAUAAGGAAGACGCGAACUGGGGCGAGACUGCUCGCAAAUUGACUCCGGAUUGCGCGGGCGUGGACCACAUUGUUGAGGUCGGCGGACCUGGCACUCUCACGCAAAGCUUCAAGGCCAUCAAGUACGAGGGCGUGAUCAGCGUGAUUGGUUUCAUCGGCGGCAUGAAGGGUCAGGACCAGCCCACUGUCCUGGAUACCCUCAGCAACAUUUGCACUGUUCGCGGCGUCUACGUCGGCAGCAAGCAGCUGAUGAGGGAUAUGAUCCGGGCUAUCGAGGCCAAUGAUAUUCACCCCGUGGUGGACGAGAAAGUGUUCACUCUCGAACAGGCUCGGGAAGCCUACGAGCACAUGAUCCCGAGCUGCUACUUUGGUACCCCAUCCGUGAUCCCGAUGGAGGUCAAUGCUAGUGACGCGACUUCCACACUUCCAAUCCUUGGAGCUAGCCAGCACCCCAUACCCCAACGUCCAGUAUUCGCUCGACCGGUCCAGAUGGGCUUGUUCGCCCGAGUGACAAGCUACCCACCGCUGGGACAGACCACUUGCAUCCAAAGAGCACAGAGACGAUUACGGACAGAAGAAGAUGAUGAGGUCAAAUUUACCGUCGUCGUAGAAUCAAGCGCAACUUUCCCAGCGCAGUCUUGGGAAGUCCAGAUAUGGCACAACGUCACCAGCUCUCAAUGGACAGCUCUCCCAUUGAAUCAAGUUGAUCCUUCGCAUGCGCCAUUACUGACUGGAAGCGAGGACGAAUAUAACCACCAUCGUCAUGUCUUCUCAAACAGACUCGCGCUCCCAACCGCCGGCUGUCAUGCUCAAUUCACCGUGCGAUUCCGGACCAGUCCGGAUGCGGAAUGGCAAUGGGCCAACCAGCAACAUCCUGUCAGCGAUGGCGAGCUCGUAUGCGGCCCAAAAACCUCGAAGUUGGAGAGAUAUUGGCUGUCUGAACCGUCAUCGCGUGAUGCAAAGGAUGAGCUUUCAAAGUAUAUCGAUGGUCUCCCUUCUGAAGUACAGAUUCACGUGAGAAAAAGUGAAGCACCUGGGUCUCUGCUAUGGGAGAUUACUGGAAGAUCGAAAUCGGCCAGAGGCAGUGUCUCUGGUAUCACACGACUCGCUUUGGGUAUUCCGUCCGAGGUGGUCAGGUACUUCUCAUUGGUGCGCAUUUGGUGUCCCUGGCUAGGACCGAGGCACGGGAGAGAGAAAUUCCACUUGACGGAAGAUGCGGUUUUGUCCUCUUUCCUUCGUACCGAUGGGGUAAACCUUGUCAUGCUGGCUGUAUCGGGGGUCAACGACGUGUUGACAGUCUUCCAGUCGGGCAAAAAUGGCGAAGUAGUGGUCAAAGCAAGGAAUGAUAACGAAUCGGAUUCCAAAUUUCAUGUUUUGAUCGCGGCUGCAGAGGAUUUUGAGGUUGCCAUGUCCGCAGUGAUAUACGAGGCGAGAAAGGUUGUGAAACCGUUUGCGCAACCCACAACAAUGGCGGAGGAGCAGGCUCCUCCCUCUCCUCUUGGCGAUGACAUUGUCAUAGUCGAGAAAGACCCACAGACACAGUGGCUUACUGAGUGGGUGGACGGUCUGACCUACUGCACCUGGAAUGGGCUAGGACAGAACCUGAAUGAAGAGAAGAUUCUUGGUGCGUUGAGCACCUUGAAAGAUCAUGGCAUCAAUAUUGUCAACCUGAUCAUCGACGAUAACUGGCAAAGCCUCGACAACGAGGGCGAGUCGAUGUUCAAGCGUCGCUGGGAGAAGUUUGAAGCAAAUGCAAAGGCAUUCCCAAAAGGGCUGAAGCAAACUGUCCAGACGAUCCGCCAGGCCAAUCCUAGUAUCCAACAUAUCGCGGUCUGGCAUGCAUUGCUGGGCUACUGGGGAGGCAUCUGCCCGAAUGGGGAUCUGGCGCAAAGAUACCGGACGAAGGUAGUCAAGUUAAAGGAUCCAUCUGUGGAUGGUCCCAUCUCACAAAAUGUUCCCAGUGGAGAGAUCCUUGCAAUUCAUCCGGAAUCCGUUCAAAAAUUCUACGACGACUUUUACAGCUAUCUCCAAUCAGCCGGCGUAGAUUCGGUCAAGACAGACGCCCAGUUCUUCCUCGACCUUCUGAACGAUCCAGAAGACCGCAAGAAGUUCAUGGUCUCCUAUCAAGAUGCCUGGUCCAUCGCUGCGCUGAAGUACUUUACCACAAAGUCCAUUUCCUGCGGAUCAAUGAUUCCGCAGAUCAUAUUCCAUUCACAGCUUCCUACAAAUAAGCCCACAAUACCGGUGCGAAACUCAGACGAUUAUUUCCCCGAGAUCCCUGCAUCUCACCCAUGGCAUGUGUUCUGCAACGCACACAAUGCGCUCCUCACCCGGUACUUGAAUGUCCUGCCGGACUGGGACAUGUUCCAGACAAGCCAUCCCUACGCAUCCUUUCACGCUGCAGCGCGGUGUAUAUCAGGUGGACCAGUGUAUAUCACGGAUGAACCCGGGAAACACGACCUCAAAGUUCUUAAUCAAAUGACUGCGCCAACAGUUACAGGAAGUACUGUUAUUCUGCGUCCAAGUGUCAUCGGCCGCACCAUCGAUAUCUACCACGACUUCAACGAGAAACAGAUCUUGCGCGUUGGAAGCUACACAGGCUGGGCCAGGACUGGAAGUGGCAUUCUGGGUCUGUUCAACGUGAGCUCCACAGAGGCAUCAUGCAUGGUCUCUUUGAUGGACUUCCCCGGUAUACACGAGGGGUCAGAUGGUCAGUAUAUUGUACGAGCUCACACAAGCGGCAAAGUCACAAGACGCAUGGAACCACUUGAUGGGCAAUCCCUCGUGUCCGUCAAUCUGGAGCAGAAAGGAUGGGAGAUUCUCACGGUCCACCUGACUCGAUCAUUCAAUAUCAAGGAAAAUAAUUCAACUCAUGUGGCUGUCCUUGGUCUCCUUGGUAAGAUGACCGGCGCGGCAGCCGUUGUGAGCUCUGAUAUCUUCAUGGUCGAGAACGGUCGCUUGCGAUUUGACAUCCAUUUGAAGGCGUUGGGAACACUAGGGAUCUACAUCUCUGACUUACGUGAUCGGGAUAUUGCUAAAGACCUUAUGGUCAUGAUCCUUGGACAGCCCAUUCCACCGAAGACCGUUUGGAAAGAGGGCGGUGGUGGUACCACUGUACUAGGUAUCGACGUCCAGGCUGCGUGGAAGGAGAUGAAGCUUGAUAGCGGGUGGAGUAACGAAAUCUUCGUCCAAAUUUUCGUGGCUUAA